AUGACCACCGAAACUCUGACUGAACCACUUACAUCUGCAAGUGGCAAUGACUCUACCACGCAAACCAUAACAUCCGACAAUAACACAACACAAGUGGUCAUGGUUGAGGUGUCGCAGGAGGAAUCCGUACAGUCGCCUACAGCCUCUGUGGGUUCUGCACUGAGUAUGGAUUCAACAGAAAACCUCAUCAAAAGUUUGUCUAUGCAUCGUUUGGAUGCGGCAGACGCUGCUGAAAAUGGACAAGCAAAGAAAGCUACACAAGACAGCACUGAACAUUCAACGCGUACGGAACAAUCACAAUACUCACAACCAAAGGAGGAACGCGUCCAUUCUGGGUCGCUGCAGACGUCGAGCGCUGAAAGCUCUACUUUGCUGCCCGUGCUACCUAAGGCUGGUGAGAAAAAGCCAGUCAAGUUUACUGUGAGAAAAGUUUCUCGCGAUACCAUUAGCAUUCCAGAAAAACAAAAGACGCGAGAGGGCCGUGAGUACUUGUAUGGAAAUAUCCCGGAAAACCGAGCACUCGCGCAACAACGCAAGGCCAGCGACAAGUUAUCCCAACUACAAUAUAGCCAACAGAAGUAUGACCAGUAUGAGGCCCGCAUAGAAAAGAUCAACAAGGAAAUUGCCUUUUUGACCAACUUGCUCCCGCCAUAUAAUGUGGAGAUUGACUACGCUACACGCAGCAAGAUCACACGUGCUAUUGAGAAGUUGCGCAUGAAGCAGGAUGAGAUUGGCAAGAAGAAGUACAGUUUAGGCAUCACCAUCAGCCGCUUAUGGCGCGAGCACGAUGAAAACGAUAUUUGGGUGCGCUCUGUGAGCAAUCAAUAA